GUGGCAGUUAUUGCAGGUGGUGGGGACCCGCGAGGGGGCGCCGCGCUGGCGAGGGUCCCGCCGCUGGGGGAUUCCAGAAGCUCCUGGACCAGAGACAGUGGUCGCCAUCCCCUGCUCCUGCCUCCCACGGAAACUUCUCGACCGGCUCUCUCGGCUGCGGGACCGUCGCCCCCCGUUCCUAGCAUCUGCACCUACUUCUUUUACUUGGAGGGAGGGAUCCGCCCCCCUCCCCGCACCCCCUCCUGGGCGGCGCAGUGCGGAGCCGGGGCGCGCUCGGCCGGUGAGGUGGAGCUCGGACUCGCGGUGCACGCGGCGCGCCCCGCUCUGCGCAAACCCAGCCGCGCUAGUCGUUGGAGACCUGCGGUCUAGGAAACCUGCGAGCCGCGCCUUCUCGGAGCCAGACCCAGGGGAACCUCGGACUGACAGGCUGCGGGAGCGGCAGCUCCGGGUGGACUCUGACAAUAGCUGCUGAAGAUGGGCCCUAUCGAUGCUGAGGCUGAUGAGAACCAGACAGUGGAAGAAGUGAGGGCAGAGCCGUAUGGAUCAGAGCAAACCACCUUGCCUAGAGGUGAGCUGCCCGCUGUCCCUGAGCCACAGCUUAUAGACAGCACCAACCUGAUUGAGGUCCAGGUUAUUCUCAUAUUGGCUUACUGCACCAUCAUCUUGCUCGGCGUCAUUGGCAACUCCCUGGUGAUCCACGUGGUGAUCAAGUUCAAGAGCAUGCGCACAGUAACCAACUUUUUCAUUGCCAAUCUGGCUGUGGCUGAUCUUCUGGUGAACACCCUCUGCUUGCCAUUCACUCUCACCUACACCUUAAUGGGCCAGUGGACAAUGGGUUCUGUCCUAUGCCACCUGGUUCCCUACGCCCAGGCCCUAGCCGUGCAAGUGUCCACCAUCACCUUGACGGUAAUUGCCUUGGACCGGCAUCGUUGCAUCGUCUACCACCUGGAGAGCAGGAUCUCCAAACGAAUCAGCUUUUUGAUCAUUGGCCUGGCUUGGGCCAUCAGUGCGCUGCUAGCGAGUCCCCUGGCCAUCUUCCGGGAGUAUUCACUGAUUGAGAUUGUCACUAACUACAAGAUCAUGGCCUGUACUGAGAAGUGGCCUGGGGAGGAGAAGGGUAUCUAUGGCACCAUCUACAGCCUUUCCUCCUUGCUGCUCCUCUACGUCUUACCACUGGUCAUCAUCUCAUUUUCCUACAUGCGAAUCUGGAGUAAGCUUAAGAACCACAUCAGUCCCGGAGGGUCUGGUGACCACUACCAUCAGCGCAGGCAGAAAACCACCAAAAUGCUGGUGUGUGUCGUGGUGGUGUUUGCGGUCAGCUGGCUGCCCCUGCAUGCCUUCCAACUUGCUGUCGACAUUGACAACCAAGUGCUGGACCUGAAGGAGUACAAACUCAUCUUCACCGUGUUCCACAUCAUCGCCAUGUGCUCCACCUUUGUCAACCCUCUCCUCUACGGCUGGAUGAACAGCAACUACAGGCAGGCUUUCCUGUCCGCCUUCCGCUGUGAGCAGAGGCUGGACGCCAUCCACUCUGAGGUGUCCGUGACAUUCAAAGCCAAAAAGAACCUGGAAGUCAAGAAGAACAGUGGUCCCACAGAUUCUUUCGCAGGGGCCACCAAUGUCUAAGGCAGCAGCCGUGUGCGUGUACAUGGAAGGUUUUUGACCAGAGCAAUAUCUCUGACUGAGAAGCAUGCAGGAACAUCCUGAUUUCCCAGUCCAGGAAAAUCUGAGUGGAAGCAUCUGUGCUGUAGGUCAGGGAGAACUAUGGGGUGACAGAGCUUUGAUGAAUGCACUCGUGUUCAAAGACAAAGUAAUAAGACAGUUUGCUAACAGUUCGCAGGGUGGUUGGUGGUGUUAUAAUAAAAGCAGAGACAAAUGCUUUUUGACCAUUUUCCAGAGGGAAAGGACCUUGAACAAGGAGUUGGAAUUAUUGGCAUUGUUAAAGCGGGUGGAUGAAUGACUUUCACAUCACAUUAGGGUGUUCAUUGAGGAUUCUCCGUUCUCUCCUUCUUGUAUGAAAGACACCAGAUGCCUGUUUCCUCUGGAGCCUCAGACUUUCCCAGUUCAUUGUGUUUGGGUUACUUAUUGUCCUUCCAAUGGACCAAACCCAUCAGGGAAAGCAUGAGUUAACUAUUAUUAACUACUUGAAUGACUUCCAGGAUAUAAACUGAUAUUUGCUAUGUGAUUAGUAUUUCAGCCAAUGAUGGGGGUAGUAUGCAGUGCACAAUCAGUUGUUCUUAUGGUUUGGCAAAAGUUUCUUCAACUCAGAAUUGAAGGCGGAAACUCUGUAUUAUAGAAAUGCAAACCAUCAUUUUAACUUCUCAUUUCAAGUUGUUCCUUCUUUCUGUAGAUACGAUUUUAGUAACAAGCAUGCACCAUAAUCGUUGCUUAUUGUAACAACAUUUGGAACAUGAAUUAUUCCUGUGUUAAAUCUGAGUUUAUCUUCAGUAAAAAUUAAAUUAUAUUAGAAAUUUUGUGGUAUUUUGUAAUAUUUUAUAAUUAUUUAUAAGUAAUUUUGGAAAAAAUACAAAGCUUAAGUGUAUUCAUAGAACAAUAAUAUUUUUUAAAAUCAUCUUCUGUGGACUAAUUCAUAAUUUAUUUAAUUAAUAAAACUGUAAUUUCACCAAAAUGGAACCCAUCUGGUAAGAAAUAUUAAACACAUUGGAUUUGUUCCACUUUGCAAAUGUUCUCUUUGGAACAGUUUCAGAAUAAAUUAUCCUCCUUUCAAAAUAAUUGGCUAUAUUUUUGAUAACUUAUGAAUAAAUACAUAAUAAAAUUUCAUCUAUAAAUAUUGGAGCAUAAAUACUAUAAUAUUUUUCACUGACCUUUUGAAUAUGAUUUUUGUUUCAAUAGUACCCAACCAAAGAUGCUGAAAACUCUUAUGCUUAUAAAAAUUGAGGUAAUAAAAUAGUUGUAUUUCUUUGGAUGCUGUUAAAAGGUUUCACAUUGCAUCAUAUUUUUAUAGGUGUAACUAAAUUUGUGAAUACAUCCCUUAAAUUUAAAAAAAAUUUAACAUAAGCAUUGGUUUAUAUAUAAACAUUAGCUUUCAACUUGAGAGAUUAAUUCUAUGGCUGUAUUUAAAAUUUAUAGCACUGCUCUGUAGCACUGUCGUCCUGUUAUCAUCCCGAUUUGCUUAAGCAGGCACCAGUAACGUCUCCAUUGUGAGGCUUGUUGUUACUGUUUUUGGCAUAUCGAACAUGCCAUGGGUAGCUUGCCAGGCUUAUUUAACUUCAUUUCAUGCUAGAAAGAAAAGGACUGGUCUUAAAGUUGACUUAAUUUGGGGGAUACUAAAAAUGAAUGAAAAUAAUAGAAAUGAGGUGAAAAACUACUAAUUAAACACAACAAUAUAUAUUAGUAUGAUAUAUCAUUCAGUUGGAUAAUUCCAUUUUCUGAAGGAUUUGAAGUAAAUGUGCAAGAAGCAACCUUUUUGUCCUUUAAAUAGUGAUUACUUUGUUCAAAAUGUUAAUUGGUAAUUGUGGUUUUAAAAUGCUUUUCCUCCUUCUUGGAAAAACCUUACAUUGGAGGAAAUGUGCAUGCUAUUGUAUCACUUGUUAUAUUGGUAAUUGAUCAGAUUCCAGUUAAAGCAUGGGAUCCAAUUAAUUGCUAAGUUAUUAAUAUAACUUAUGUUGUCAUUUUACCUGUUGGAAUAAAAAUAAUUUGGGAAAUUAGAAAAACUGUGUGAUUUUAUAUCAGCAUUGCUAUUCAGUAUAAGACAAUAAGCUUUUGAUACAAGUUAAAAUAGGAACCUAGUGGUGGUUCUUUAUGGCCCAGCUCUCUUUUCAUUGUGCACGUUUCAUUAGCUGUUAUAAUAUUGCGACAGUACCGGACUUUUAUAGACCAACUCUUUCUGCUGGACUUCAAGCCUCUGUCUUUAUCACCUGACAUAGCAUGUACACAAGACUGUUUACAGGACACAUCAAACCAAGCUUGUCAACAACAGACUCUGACAUUUUGAUUCCAAACUCCAUCUCCUCAGCUAUAAUACACGCACUGUUUCCUUGCAUUCUCUGUUUUACUCAUAGUACUACUGUUUAUGCAAUUCUGCAAAAUAUUACACUUUGGAGCAACCUUUUACUUCUCUAUCUCUAUGUCUGUCUUCUUUUUGUCUAAAAUUUGACAACCUGGUUUGUAGAGUCAAAUAUUAAAGUUCAAAGUUCAAGGUUUGAUGAUAGGCUUAUAAGGCCCCAAAGCAGAGGGCUGGAGUGAUAGUACAGUGAGUAGGGCAUUUGCCUUGCAUGGGGCCUGCCUAGGUUCGAUUCUCAGCAUCCCAUAUGGUCCCCGGAGCACCACCAUGAAUAACUCCUGUGUUCAAAGCCAGGAGUAACCCCUGUGCAUUGCUGGGUGUGACCCAAACACUGCCACCCCCCCAAAAAAAACCAAAGUAUAAAAUUUUCUGUUUUAUUAUGCAACUUGAAGGCCAAUCACCAUUCACUUUCCCAUUUUUUAUUAUGAAACCUAGAGCCCUCUUUAC